AUGGCCACGCUGGUCUCCUUUACUCUUUUCCCCCUGGCGCUGCUCCUCUUCGCCAGCGGAUUCUUCCCGUACAAGCCAUUCAUCCCAGGUCUGGCAACCUUUGAAGAAGUUGAAAAUGGCAGUCGACCGUCACCUAUCUUUGACCGGGUCAUCUUCAUGGUGGUGGAUGCAUUGCGAAGUGAUUUCGUGUAUGGGAACCAUUCCGGGUUCCAAUUCACCCAAGGGUUGAUCAAGUCUGGCGCAGCAGUACCAUUUACUGCCCAUGCAAGCUCGCCGACUAUCACCAUGCCACGGGUCAAGGCAAUUACAACAGGAUCUGUCCCGUCGUUUGUUGAUGUGAUCCUUAACUUUGCAGAGUCAGAUACCACGUCGACUCUUGCUCACCAGGAUACCUGGCUGGCCCAGCUGAAAGCCAAACCCGGUGGGCGGCUUGUCAUGUACGGCGACGACACAUGGCUGAAGCUGUUCCCUGACAUAUUCUACAGGCAUGACGGGACUACCAGCUUUUUUGUUUCCGAUUUUACUGAAGUCGACAACAAUGUGACUCGGCAUAUACCUGAGGAAAUGGGCAACGCUGAUUGGAAUGCCAUGAUAAUGCACUAUCUCGGCCUUGACCAUAUUGGUCACAAAGCUGGCCCAAGAAGUCCUCAUAUGAUACCCAAGCAGAAAGAGAUGGAUUCCAUAGUCAAACAGAUAUACAGUUCCAUGGAAAAGGAGCCUCAUCUAUCGUCCGCACUCCUUGUUCUAUGUGGUGACCACGGUAUGAAUGAUGGUGGUAAUCAUGGUGGUGCAUCGGCUGGAGAGACCUCCCCUGCUCUUACAUUCAUAUCCCCGAAAUUUCAAGGCAUGGGGCUUGAAAGGGCACCUCUAAAGUCUUCUUCAGGGGAGUUCGAUUACUACGAUACUAUAGAUCAAUCAGACAUAGCUCCUACUUUGGGCGGCCUGCUCGGUUUUCCGAUCCCCCUGAACAACCUAGGAGUAUUUAUUCCGCAAUUCCUCCCAUUAUGGAAAAAAGAUCGGGAACGGCUACAACUUCUCCAGGAAAAUGCCAAACAAAUGAUAAACAUUGUCAAGCAAACAUAUCCAAGUUACAAAUUCGACUCUACUACCCAGUUGAGCUCUUGUGACGGCGGUUCAAACUCUGAGAUAGCAGACCUGGAAUGCAAAUGGCACAAGGCGCAGCAGAUGAUCUCUCAGACUACUGACGAUACCAAUGUCUCCCCAGCCAUAGAGUCAUCACUUAUAGCCUUUUUACGAACCGCACAAACCAUAAUGUCCAGCACAGCGAGCAAUUAUAACCUAGCAAGACUAUACCAGGGCAUUGCAUUCUCGGGGAUUUCCUUCCUGCUUUCUCUCUAUGCAUGCGUGCAAAAGGGCCGUAAUGGAACUGCAGCUGUGGGGUACAUAUUCCUAGUCCUAUCUGGGUACGGAGCCCUGAUGUUUGCAAGUAGCUAUGUUGAGGAAGAGCAGCACUUCUGGUACUGGAUGACUUCUGGUUGGAUUUUCUAUCUCUACUGGAAAUCUUCCAAUAGACAAGAGCGCAAGUCAGCGUAUGCCAGUGCAUUUAUCCUUGCUGCUUUGACAAGAGUUAUGAGACGCUGGAACCAGACUGGCCAAAAGUUUGCCGGAGAACCAGACAUUGCCAACACCUUCUUUAGGGAACAUCCUAAUGUGUUGUGGCUGCUGAUUCUUUUCACAUAUACUGACCUAUAUCAAAGAUUGCUGCCAAACACAUCCAUAGCGGAUCCGACGAGCAAGCUGUUAUCGCUACUCUAUCUUCCCUUAACCAGUUUCUCGUUCAUAUUCAAGGUGGUCUUUACAGACGCUGACGCACCGGAACUUAUACGGAAUACCCCUUUUCUCCCUUUCUUGAUCAAGGGUGUUCGAGGACUGUCCCUUGUUUUCCAAGCGCGGGUUGUUCUUAUUGGAGUCUUGGUAUGUUCGAUGUAUACGAUGUAUUUGAGAGCCACUAGGAAUGGGAAUCGAACCGGCGCAAGAAGAGAUGUUCGAGGAACCUUUCAUUCCCUGCUCAGUCUAUUGCUCAUCACUCAGUCUCGAGCCACCAAUAUACCACUGUUCGCCUUCUUCCGGAUCCAGCAACAAGUCCUCAGCUCCAUGUCGCUGUCUACCACAGAAAUCACGGUCACAUCCCUCCUGUUCCAGUACGCGAGCUUUUUUGCUCUCGGUGGCUCAAAUGCCAUCUCCUCAGUCGAUUUGUCCAAUGCAUAUAACGGCGUGAGCGGGUAUAACGUUGGUGUAGUAGGUAUACUGACAUUUAUCAGCAACUGGGCUGGGCCGAUCUGGUGGGUAUCUGCCACUCACCACCUGCUGAGCAUUACUCGCUCAGCUCGCCGGAACCAGUCAAAUAAACAUAUCCAGCUUUUGACCUUGUUCGUUGCCACGAGCCUUUUAGCUGUCAUGGUAGCUUGCACUGCUCUUCGAACACAUCUAUUUAUAUGGACUGUGUUUUCACCGAAGUUUCUUUACAGCAUGGCAUGGACGCUGGCUCAACAUAUCAUCAUUAAUAUUUUAUUCGGAGAGUAUAUGUUGCGAUGGUUAUACAAUUAG